GGAAACCGAAGACAAGUGACCGAGGCCUUGGCUCCGUCCCAACUUCAAGUUGAUGUGCUUCGGUUUACCCUUCGCGAACGGCAUGGAUGGCAGCCAGUGCUUUUCUCACUAAGUAUCAAGUGCAUACACGCUUCGCUGUGAACGAUGGUAGACCUCUUCCUCGGAUGGGACGGAGCACAAAUAGGCCUCACGUGUCAAACGGGGACAUGAAUUGAAUGACAGCUUCAUGGAAGCCUACAGAAGACAGAGCCAUGAUCACCAGAACACAGUAACUCAAUCUACCACGGUGAUCGGUUGCGUCCCGGUCCGCCGCAUUGCCUGAGCGAGAAUGUCGCACGGCCCGUCCCCCCCAACUCUAAUUCAAAACACAUUCCGCCAAGUGCGGCUUAGAGAGGGGAUGUGGCUAAAGCAAAUAAAGGAAUCAUGAAGGAGGGAUCAAAGCAGGCCUGCAAAUCCGUUCCUUCUGGCUAAAGAGUCUUUCAUAAGAAAGAGGAAAAAAAUGAAAAGAAAUCCCACAUCCCGACUACAUAUCUCAUGGAACGGAUCACUGGCAAGCGCGUGCCUGCGCUGGAUUGAUGGAGCGAUGCUGUUGGCAGGCCUCUCCUCGCGCUUCCACGCAUUUUCCUUCAGAAUGGAAGUCUCGAAGGCAGAUGUUGGCACAGACUUUUAUCAAACCAAAGCGCAGGCCACCAGGAAGCUGGUAUUACUCUCGAGGUUUCAGAACAUUUGGUGCGCAGAGGCCGAGCGAGCGUUGUGGAGAUAUUCCUCCAUGCAGCUGUGUUCUCCUCAUCUGCACGAGAUCACGUGGGACUGACAUAAGCGGCUUCAUUUAGCCUCACAGCUGAGCAGACAGAAUCCCGCCACAAGCUGAUAUACGUCGUACUUAGGGGUGGGGUCUUUUUUUGCCUGGCUGUCUGAGACAUGCACCAGGGCGAAGUCAGAGGAUUCUGGGUAAAUCUGGAGCGGAGCUGCACUUUGCACGCAGCGCAUAUUUGCAGCGUGAUGCAUCUGGGCUCGUUGAUUUGCAAAUGCUGUCGUUUAAAAUUCAAUCGACGGGGUUUCACAAUAGGCUUUCUUUGCGAAGGAGAACAAAGCCUAAGUAAAGAUCAAACAGAUCAAAUAAUCAAUGAGCAAAGCUAGGCAAUUCAAGACUAUUUUUCAUGAAUUUGUGACGAAUUCGCACUGUAUGAAUCAUAUCAUCGCUGUCCUUCUGAAACCUCGGAUGUCCAAAUUCGCUGUUUUUCAGGAAAUGAAAAUGAUUAAGUUAAGUUGGCGAGCACUGUUUAAUGCUUUUUAUUGGUUAGAUGUUUGCAAAACCCAGUGACAAACAUAAAGGGUGACUAAUAAAUAACAAAAAAUAAAAAUCCCCAAGUAUGGAGAUACAAGGUUUCAGCGAUAUGUAAAAUAGUAAUGAAUACUUUUUUUUUAUUGAACACUGCUCUAUAUUUAUUUGGCAUUAGAUCUAGAUUAUUUUUGUCUCUGUAUGUAGACCGCAUAAUAACUUAAGGUUCUCCUAAAAAGCCGAUAUAUCAUCAAAUCCUCAGUUUAACACAAACACAAGCCUAAUGGGAAAUACAUAUCCCAAAGUCGUCUUGCUUGUCUGAGAACUUGCUUGAGAACUCACACAAGUUAAUUUCCCAAGCUCUUGAAUCUUUCCUAAAUACAAAGGAGUCAGUGUGCGACAGUUUCCACGGACCAGAACGUUGAAGUCUUCGCAGUUACCACAAAGGCCGUACCCGUGGGAAAACUUAAAGGUGUCUUUCUGGACCUUGACAACAAGUAUAACCAUGAUGUCUAUGAGGAGGCCUGGAAAUCUCUCGGAUGUCACCUAAAUAUAUUUAUUUGUGUUCCGAAGACGCUGGGAGGUCUUAAAACGUCAUGUGGAAACAAGCACCCUGCGGCGAGACCCGGAGCUAUUUAAUCCCCGGACGCACUCCAAAGCAAAGAAAUAUAAGGCUGACCAGUUUUACGGACAGUUACAGCCGAGUCCUCUAACUUCUAUACACGCUCAUUGCUCUAGUGACUUCUUAACAUGGAGGACCUGUUUGUUGAUUUCGACCAAGAUGCUGCCACAGACUUUGCCUUCUGGGGCCAAAUGGACCCCAACUUCCAAUUCCAGACCCAGCUGGACACGCUGCUUUUUGACUGCGGCGCCAUGACCGGCCAGUUGUCGCCCUGGUCCUCUUUCGGGUGUCAGUCUGAGUUCCCCGAGGCGCAGCUGACCUUCGCGGAUUUGGACUCGCAGUCGCCGCAGUUGGAGGCCGGUGCUGAAGUGGACAGCUCCUUGGUGGACGAGCCCCACGAGAUCAACAAGCGCAGACAGCAGCAUCGUCGCUUGACGUCUCAUCACCCGUACAAGGUGCAGCGAUACGCCGCCAACAUCCGGGAGAGAAAGAGGAUGCUCAGCAUCAACUCGGGAUUUGAGGAACUGCGCUGCCACGUGCCCACGUUUCCUUACGAGAAACGGCUCUCUAAAAUAGACACGUUAAGACUGGCCAUCGCUUACAUCGCCCUGCUCAGAGAAAUCCUCAUGUCGGGCUGUGACCCCAAAUCAUACGUCGAUGAAUGUAUGAAAAAUGGAUAUAAGAAUCACACCAAUGCAAUCUGGAAUACAAGUGAUCUGACAGCUCGGCUCUCUUGGAUAAAGUGGGAUUAACUGCGCUCUGAAGCUGGAGGAGAGAUGCUGCGCUCUCGUCUUUCUCACGCUCCUCUUCAAUGGUACCAUGGCACACGGCUCUUCAGCAUCUGCAGACUUCUCACCGUGUCUUGCUCUCCUGGCACUCAUGACACUUUUUAUAUUCUAAUUUGUUGUGGCUUGUAGAAUCAGGCCGUCUUUUGCUCAUCCAGACGCUUGUUGUGUGUGGUGAAUGAAGCCUCAUCAGGACAAUGACAUGCACUUGUCCCUGUGUGCGCCAUGAGAGAAUGGCAAAAGCUCGGAUUUUUUCCAUGUGUUUCGCUCUUGAGAGCAAAUCGAAAGGGUGGAGACUGGCAAAGUGCCUGGCAGGCGCGCAUUCAAGUUUUACUUAACCUUUAUUUAUGUCGCUGUUAAACUUAGGUAUAACUUUGACUAACUCAUUUAAUUUAUUUGUUUUUACGUUGUAUGCGUGAUCGAAGUGUAUGCUUAUUUAAUGCAUAUUUUAAAAAGAUUACUCCUGACCUUUUUACUGUUUUGAAAGAAAUAAAAUAAA